CCCUCCCUCACCUAAGAGCUCCGUACCCUUGGCGGGAAAAAACCAGAUUUUGGCGGGGGAAAACCAGAAAUUGCAGAGGGAGAGCGAUGGGAGAAGAAGAAGAAAUGAGUGUUGAGCAGGUGGAGGAGGAGUUCACAGUGUGGAAGAAGAACACUCCAUUUCUCUACGAUCUCAUCAUCUCUCACCCCCUCGAAUGGCCUUCUCUCACCGUUCAAUUCCUCCCAUCUCCUCCGCUCCCCUACGCCCUCGACUCAUUCUCCGUUCACAAACUUGUCCUCGGGACCCACACCUCCGACGGCUUCCCCAACUACCUCAUGGUCGCCGACGCAUUCCUCCCCAGAAACACCGCCGCCCCAUCUGAGCAAAACCCCACCAUUCCUAAGGUGGAGAUAACGAAGAAAAUACAUGUGGAUGGAGAAGUAAAUCGAGCUCGGUGUAUGCCACAAAACCCAGAUAUGGUUGCUGCUAAGACAAGUGGUUUGGAAGUAUAUGUUUUUAACCGUGGAAAGCCGUCGGUGGGGACCGAAGGACGGUCUUGCAAUCCUGAUCUGAGGUUAAGGGGUCAUGAGAAAGAAGGGUAUGGGUUGUCUUGGAGUCCCUUUAAAGGGGGUUAUGUUUUGAGUGGUUCAAAUGAUUGCAAGGUAUGCUUAUGGGAUGUGUCUGCAUCUGCUGAAGAUAAAGUGCUAGGCGCAAUGCAUGUUUACGAGGCUCAUGAAAACGUGGUAGAAGAUGUGUCCUGGCAUUUGAAGAAUGAAAAUCUAUUUGGAUCAGUGGGGGAUGAUUGUCGAUUAAUGAUCUGGGACUUGCGCUCGGACAAACCUCAGCAUUCUGUUAUAGUUCAUGAGAAAGAGGUGAAUUUUCUUUCUUUCAAUCCAUAUAAUGAAUGGAUUCUGGCUACAGCAUCUUCAGACACUACAGUUGGGCUGUUCGAUAUGCGGAAGCUGAACUCACCAUUGCAUGUUUUAAGCAGCCACACGGAGGAGGUAUUCCAGGUAGAAUGGGAUCCCAAUCAUGAAACUGUGUUGGCUUCUUCUGCUGAUGACCGGAGGUUGAUGGUUUGGGAUCUUAACAGGAUUGGGGAGGAGCAGUUAGAAGGCGAGGCUGCAGAUGGUCCUCCUGAGCUUCUCUUUUCUCAUGGGGGUCAUAAAGCCAAGAUAUCAGACUUCUCCUGGAACAAAAAUGAGCCAUGGGUUAUUUCAAGUGUAGCUGAGGACAAUAGUCUUCAGAUCUGGCAAAUGACCGAGGGUAUUUAUCGAGACGAGGAUGGCACACAAACUGCUGAUGAUCAUUCAUAGAUGAACUAAAAGACAUUCUCGCCAUUUUAUGAGUCAGAAUUUGAUACAGGCUGUAAUUAUGUUUUUGUCAGAAACCAAUUACUGACUUUCAUCUAAGAAAAUUGUUGCUUAGUUUUACCUUUGAACAUGUGUGAAUUUCUGCUGUAAGCUCUGUUAUAAGAAAGUUCUCGAUUAGGUUAACACGA